UUUCGUCCAUCGUCAGUUGAUGUUGAACUUUGGAAGAGUACGCAGGUCUUGCCGAGUGUUUGUCUAUUAAGUUUUUUUCCUUGCUCUGCUUCUGUGUUCUCCUUUCCCUUUUUAUAUUAUUCGUUCUUUUUUUCUGGGUGUCCAAGAGUGCAUUGAAAUUGUGGUGUAAAGUGUUUUUUUUUUUGGGGGAGACCAAAAAAUGGGAUUAAAGUGAGUGCAAAAGAGAAAAAGUCAAGUGCAACGAGCUUCCUGCUCCCCCAACCUUGUGGAAUCUCCGUUUGGGGUCACCUGCACAAAAUGCGCAAGUGCAUCAAGUGUCAGAAGUACGCAUCAUUUGCCAAAUCAAGCUAUUCCUGAGGCAGCACUUCCUGACCUGCAUUUCCCACGGAUUUACUUGUGAUUAAUACUUUGUGUAGCCAUGUGACUCAAGUGGCUGGAGAGGUGCUCGUUUUGUGGCCAGGAAAGUGUGUGUAUUCUGUUGACAACAGUACUGUGAUAGUUUCUGACAAUAGACACCGCUGAUCAUCUCGGGAAUAAUUUUUUUGUUUGUUUUUGUGGAGAGAUGAGCAAAGUGAAGAGUGCAAGUGCCGAGAUGGCAUCAAAGAGCGAAAACAGUAAAAAUCCCAGUUCCAAGAAUUUGGAGGAUACUCCAACUCCCGGGCCCAGUCACAGUCACCGAUCCAGUGACGAUGUGACAGCCUCCCAAUCCCCACAUCCUCUCUACUCCUGCUCAGAUCCCGAUGGCUGUGUCAGCCUUCAGGACAUCCUCAAAUCCUUCAAUGCUUCCAUUUCCGAGGAGCAGGCCUGGGCUCUCAUCUAUCGUUUUGUCUCUGCGUACAGAGCUUCUGUGCGAGAACCGGAAGAGAGCGGGGACUUCAAGGUACCAGUGUCGCCCAGAAAUUACAAGCUCCAUCGUGACGGAAUGGUUCACGUGCAAUUCAGCGGUGAAGAUGUGAGGAGUUGCGUUGUGACGUCCCAGAAGAAGGUUCUUCAGAAAAUUGGGUAUAUUGUCUACAAAGCUCUCGAUUAUAAUUUCUCGUCGGAUGAGGAGUGUGUAAUUUCUCCAGAACUUGAUCAACUUAUAAAUGAGAUGACUUAUGAAGAUGUUGAUGAUGAGGGAAUCGAAAGGGAUUCCGAUGAUGCUGUUGAUGGGGAGAAAUUUACAGAAACCAAAGAAAUGGAUCAUGUAUUGGAUCUCUGCUCAAAACGUGUUUCACCAUCAUUUCCAAAUGAUCAUUACAAAGCUGUGUGUCGUGCUCUCGCCACUGAAAGUAUAGAAUUGCGAAUAUUUCUGCAAAAAGUACUACAAGGAGAAGCAGAAGUUCUGCGGAUACAAGCCGAUGCAGAGACUUCACAACAAGAAUUAGAUAAGCUAGGUUUCAAUGAUUGGUCUGACGUUAGAAUAUGGAGAGCACUGCAAGCGCGGUUUUGGAUGCAAGUGGUUGAUGAGCUGAGGAGAGGUGUAAGACUAAAGAAGUGUUCUUUUUCUCGAACACCUGUUGAAUACGAAUUGACCCCAUAUGAAAUUUUGAUGGAAGACAUUCGGUCCAGAAAGUACAACUUAAGAAAAGUAAUGGUUAAUGGAGACAUUCCGCAGCGUGUAAAAAAGGAUGCCCAUGCAGUUAUUUUGGAAUUUAUACGAUCGAGGCCACCACUGAAGAAGGCCUCUGAAAGGAAAUUGCCACCACUUAAGGCAAAGCCAACACCAAGAGAUCAACUUUUGGACUCAAUACGAAAAGGUCGAGUUCUGAAGCCAAUUCCACGACACAAAUCAAGACUUCUGAAUUCUUGUCAGAUGGACAAUGUUAAAAGAGGAGAGACUCCCUGUGAUUCACAGACAACGUCUUCACCAAGAACCAGUCGACAGAGAUUAAUCCCAGUAGAUCCUGCUUUAUUCCAGGAUGAGGAUCUUUGCUAUCAGCCCAGAGAUGAUGAUGAUGGUGUUGUGCUGAGAAAUGCUGGUGGGUCAUCUGGGAGUGGAAGGAAAGGCGAUGAUUCGACUGCCAACAAUGAAAAUAAUCCCAACAGUGUCAAUACCGUUCUACGAAGGACCAGAAACACAAUCACUCACGAUGAAUAUCACAGAUUUUGUGACACGGCUUUAGAAUCCUACGACUUGGCCACGCAAUGUGAAUCCAGAAGAGCUUCAAUGCGACGACAUACAAUUGUCGGAUGCCAUCAGGGUAUCUCGGAAUGUCAAUCAAUGCCACCAUCUCGUCCAGAAUCGCGACAAUCUGAACAUACAUCCGUCACUGUGGUUGCUGACAAUCUCACAUCCAUGGAGACCUGGUCGAAAAACAGCUUGGAUGAGAAGGAAUGGAAGGAGGGUCAGGCGAGUAUUAGUGAUCGCCUAUCGCUAACCCUCAAGGAGAUCAUGCAUAUCAGAUCAGUGAUAACCAAAGCGGACCUGGAACUUCUUCCAGUUGAAGUGAAGAUUAAGGAAGAUGUUGAGAAGAGAAAGGUCUGCUUCCUGUGCUUAAAGACACGCUUUAGCAUUUUUGGCCCAUGGGGUGUUCUCUGUAAGCUGUGUCAAAAAACUGUUUGUUCCAAAUGCUACUCAAAAAUGAGGAUUCCAACGGAACAUUUCCGCAAUGUUCCGGUGAUGCUUCUGUCGCCGUCUCUGGUGAGCAGUCCUACGGCUUCCGGAGCUCCAUCUCCCAGUCACUACGGACAUGGUUCGUCUGGCGUGGACAUGGAGUCCUUCCCGCGGUCGCUGAUGGAGCGGCUCUUGAGGCCAGAGUCAGACAGGAAGACUCGCAACACUGUGGGAAGUGCUCCGUCGUCUCCUAAGCACCAGAGAUCAGCUUCAAGUACACCUGGAUCGAGCAUUGUGGCAGAUGCAGUUCCAUCAACCCUCAAAGAUCCCAUUUCAGCCACGAGAACCUCCUCGAUAAUGUCAAGGAGCAUGGAAGGACCACGAAGUCUUCCACCGCAGAGCCCAGCUCGGCCUCAUUCCAACAGCAGUACCCUGGACAGAAGAAAUAGAUUUACGAUGCUAACGGCUGAGCAGAAGGAGGGACUCAGGGGGGAACUGAUGGCUGUUUGCAAUGAUUGUCGUGGACUUGUGCUGGAGAUUAUUCGAUCAUCUCGCCAAACACGUUCAACAGCCAGGAAUAUCGUGCUGAAAAACUUGACUCUCGAUCUGUCUCCGGUCUACAAGAGAUGGUAAAAUUGUUUUUUGGGACAUGAUAGAGAUGCAACCAAGUGAGUAUCCUGCGAUAUUUAAUUUUUCUAAUAAGAGGCUACACAAAGAGAGUAUUGAUAAUUAUUUUCAUAUUAAUUUUAUUGAGCUAGAUAAAAGGCUCUAAAAACAUUAAAAAAAAAUAAAUAAAUAAAAAUUCUGCUGAUGGAUGAUUUGAGAAAAAAAGUUAAAUGCAAUCUGUUGUAAAAAAAGAAAAUUGUCUAUAAUAUACGAGAGAAAACUUCCCAAAGUUCUUUUUUGUAUUAUUAUUUUUUUCUCUUCAAUCUCCUUUAGCAAGAAGUGUAAAGUUUUCUCGUUAAAAGAGAAUGUAUUACAAAUAAAAUUGAAAGUAUGAAAGAAAAUUGCUUUAAUGUUCAAAAAAGAAAAUUAUUUAACACGUGUGAGAAUAAAAGAGUUCUAAAAACAAAUAGAGGCACAAUAUUUUAGGAUGGAAGUAUUGAAAUAAAUUUCCCAAUGUUCUCUAUCUUCCUUCCCCCCCUCUUCACUGACGAAUGUUAAUAAAAAGAAAACUUAUCUUACAUUCAUAAAAUGAUGAAAAGACUAAUGUAGUAUUUAAUUUUAAUGAAAAGAAAUAAAUAUUUAAAUUUCAUAUCGUUAUAUGAUAAAUUGUAACUAAUUAUAAUUUUUUCUCAUUAUGAAUGAUAUAUAAGAAUGUCAGUUAAUAAAUCAUAUUUAAAUGAUAA